GUGACCUCUUGGCCCCCCGCCUCGGUGGCUUAGAUGGCUCAGGCGAAGAUCAACGCGAAAGCCAAUGAAGGACGCUUCUGCCGCUCCUCCUCCAUGGCCGACCGCUCCAGCCGCCUGCUUGAGAGCCUGGACCAGCUGGAGCUCAGGGUUGAAGCUUUGAGAGAAGCAGCCAGUGCUGUGGAGCAAGAGAAAGAAAUCCUCCUGGAAAUGAUCCACAGUAUCCAAAAUAGCCAGGACAUGAGGCAGAUCAGCGAUGGAGAAAGAGAAGAAUUAAAUCUGACUGCAAACCGUUUGAUGGGACGAACCCUCACUGUUGAAGUUUCAGUUGAAACAAUUAGAAACCCCCAGCAGCAAGAAUCCCUAAAGCAUGCCACAAGGAUUAUUGAUGAGGUGGUCAAUAAAUUUCUGGAUGAUUUGGGAAAUGCCAAGAGUCAUUUAAUGUCGCUGUACAGUGCUUGCUCUUCCGAGUUGCCACCUGGGCCAGUUGAUCAGAAGUUUCAGUCUAUAGUGAUUGGCUGUGCUCUUGAAGACCAGAAGAAAAUUAAGAGAAGAUUAGAGACUCUGCUUAGAAAUAUUGAAAACUCGGACAAGGCCAUCAAGCUGCUAGAGCAUUCUAAAGGAGCUGGUUCCAAAACUCUGCAACAAAACACUGAAAGCGGAUUUAACUAGUUUUGAAACCUACAAGUACUUACAAAUAAUGUUGUGAAAAUGAUAAAAUACUAUUUUAUGUGAUACUUAGUUCUUUGUUAGGCAUUACCACUUGUUUGAUACCGAAUGUUGUUUCAGAUGAGGAAAAUAUUUCAGUGUCAUCAGUUUUGCAAAUAACACAAUUAAAACUAGAAGUAUUUUGAUUACCUAUCUAGUUUUUAGAAUGAAUUCUUGUCUUAUACUAGGAUCUAGCACCUACUAUAUAUACAUUUUUUACUGUCCUGUGGAUGAAUACAUAGUAUGUGGGGAAAAAUAAGUGCUCAGCUAGAGGCAGCUCUUUCCUGGGCUUUGUCUGGUAUGGAAACAAAUGGGCACGUGGGGCAUUUAAUCAACUAGUUCUCUACAUUACGCAGCAGCACACACUUAUUGCACACCUACUAUUAAGCACUGGGCUUACAGGAUACAAGGAAUUGCAAAACAAGAUUCUUUCCUUACGUCCUCUCUUUCAGUCAACAAAGAUUUUGGAGGCAUCUGUAUCAAAUUUUUUUCAACUUAAAGAUUUAUGCAUCUC